UGAUUGCUAAUUGUUAAAUCAGAUGAAAACAGAAGAAAGAAAGCAGAAAAGGGAACUAUACAGCCAGGGGCGGAGUGACAACUCAUGGGGCCCCCGGGCAAUAGGGGAUCAUGGGGCCCCUGUGUCCUUGCCCAAAUUCAAAAAAGCCUAUGAAAAAGGUACCAGGGGCAUCUCAUGAGGCCCCCUACUGACCCCGGGCCCUUGGGAAGUGCCCAGUUUCCAAAUGGUCAAUCCGCCCCU